GUUGAUACAUGUUUCUAUAAAUUUGGUCAAAGUAGAGAUACUUUGACUUCGGACAAAACUAAUAUGCAGACUAAAAAAGAUCGGAGGAAGUAUAAAUAUGAAUUCUAAAAAUUCGCUAAAACCUAUGAACCUUGCAUAAACCACCAAACAAUGUAGUAUGUAUACUACCUAAGUAGCCUUAUAAGCUACCUAGUAUAGAUGCAUACUCUGCAAUAUGUUAGAUACUACCUAAACUGUAUGGAAAAUAUGUACGUUGGUGUAACUUCAGCCCGUAUUAGAAAAAAGGUUUGAACACAUGGAUGUAACUUCACCCGGUACUGGCUAGAUCCCAUAUAUACACGGUAGGUUUAAAAUAGCUACACCCCCUAGUAAAACAGUCCAAACUAAUAGUAAAAUAAGCACAAAAUUGCACAGAUUUUGAAAUACAUUGUUUACUACCCAAGUCACUAUUUACUGCAUUGUUCUGGAAUUACUACAUUUGGUACAGGGACCAGCUACUACCAAGGCUUCCAGGGACCAGCUACUACCAAGGCUUCCAGGCAAGGAAGAAAAUUGUGUCCAUGCUAGAGCAGAUGACCAGGGAAAAGCUAAGUGACGAGCAGAUCAUUGACUUGCUCAUCGCCCUCAUCUACUCUGGAUACGAAACCAUGUCGACGACUUCUAUGAUGGCCAUCAAGUACUUGUCAGACCACACGAAAGCUCUUGAAGAACUCAGGAGAGAGCAUCUUGAUAUCAGAAAGGGGAAAUCGCUGGAGGAAGCCAUCAGCUAUGAAGAUUUUAAGUCAAUGGCCUUCACUCGAGCUGUCAUCUUUGAGAAACUAAGAUUAGCUACAGUUGUCAAUGGGCUCCUGAGGAAAACAACUCAGGACGUAGAAAUGAAUGGGUAUGUCAUUCCAAAAGCGUGGAGAAUCUAUGUUUACACGAGGGAGAUAAACUACAAUCCAUUCAUGUAUCCUGACCCAAUGACAUUCAAUCCGUGGAGGUGGCUGAAGAAGAACAUGGAAUCACACCCGCACUUCAUGUUAUUCGGAGGAGGUGGCCGGAUGGACCGCCUGAAAAAUUUGGGAAAUUUGCGUGCCUGUUAUAGAGAAAGCCAACAAAUAUAUUUUCUAUAUAAGCACAGUAUGUCUGCUGCUCUAUUAAUUAAAAAGAUCCAUGCAUGA